UGCCGUCCUUGUUCGAUCCUGUCUGCGCUGUCUCUGCGCUAGGGAGCUUUCACUCCUCCUUCAGCAACAUUAGCACCAACCAACCUAUCAUGGGGAAUACACAAUCAUCAGUCGAAACCCCUGCUCCGAGGUCGUCUCCGAAGUCGUCCCCCAAAUCGUCUCCCCAGAGGCUGUCCAAGCCCAAAACCGCCAAUCCUACCAACGAAGGCCUACUUCUCUUGAACCCCGGAGGAGUUUCUACCAGUCUAAAACGUCAGAGCGCCGUCUUACCCGAAAAUGCAGCUCUCGAACCCACCCCGGCGCCAAUAAUGCGCCCAUCCGCCGAUGUGUCCGAGGGUAUCCCGGAAGAAGUAGAGGCGGCAUUGGAAGAGAGGAAGGGUUCACUCAAGUUGAUGCAAGAAAAGGCAACCAAGAGAAUGAGUCUGUUUCGGUCCAAGUCUUCGCAGGGGAAUCCACAUAAGGAAAGGGGGGCCAGUACUGCUCGGCCAACGUCACGGAAUUGCACCACAGCCACCAUUUCCAGGUCCAAUUCCAUAACUUUUGAGUCCGCCGCCGCUGGUUAUCUGCAGCCACGCCAGGACAGCUGGGCUGGUCCGCCCCAAACCCGCACAAAUUGGAACUACGAUACGGCUACUUAUGCCUCUCAGCGACUGAUUAACCUUGCUGAGGAGCCGGCUUUCGAACACACAACUGCCGUAUCCGAGUGCGCAACGACCAUGACAGCGCAUUCAUGGAACGGCGGUGAUCAUUUUGAGUACAACGGAGCUCCUAUUAGAAAGCAUUCAUGGAACGGCGGGGAUCACUUUGAGUACAACGGAGCUCCUAUUAGCCGCGCAAACUCCGAUCUUUCUCUCUAUGUGCCAGUCCGCAGACGAUCGAUACUUCAGACGCCCGGUGUGGCAACGCGCAGAACUUCUACUAGAGAUGGCCUGACCCACUCGCAGUCAGUCCGAUAUAGCCACCCACAAACGCCGCAGAUCUCGCGCCAGCAGUCCAUCGAGUCUUUUAGGGAGGGCAUUCUGUCCAUGCCGCCGCUUGGACUAGAUCCCCUGGCUUUACAACGGGUUGUGACACCAUGCGAGGACGAAUAUCAGUCAAUUGGAGCUUUCAAGCUGGGAACGUUGCGUAUUACCAACGGUUCUGCGAGCCCAAUGAGCCCCGAGCUCGAGAGGAAGGGACAAAGGGUGGACUAUUUUUCGAGGGUUCAGAGCAGCCUUGAUUCACGUGCGGAGGCGUCACAAUUCCUCCAGGUCAAAACGCCAGAGCCGCGCGUGGUGAAACCAGCCAACAACGUCUCGGCUGCCCUGUCCCAGGAUUCGACUCAGCCUGAGUAUUCUUCAAACGAAGUCCUGGACGUCCGUCUGGACCCGAAUGCAAAGUCGCAGCCUAGCACAUCUCCCAACGGUGAUGCAGCUGCGACUGUCGCUAGAACAGAUAGCGGAUUCAUGAGCAUCUUUGACGGACCUCUUAACAUCAAGCCUUUGGCCAAGGCCGAUUCUGGAUACAGUUCCAAUGUGUCUUUGCGCUCGCUUCACACCAAGUCUCAGACCUUCGAACGGGAGAAGAACAAGUCAAACGAGAAACAGACCAGUCCAGUCAGGGCUCAAGAUUUCGGCCUCGACAUUCCACUCACUGUUUCUCCUUUAAUGACGCCCGAAUCAGAGGCGCCUCCACCAGUUCCUGCUAAAGAUACUCCCCCGGUCUCUCCUCUCGAGGGAGGCCAGAUGUUUGAGAGUCUCCGGAAGAGUCUUUCUCUCCGCGGUCAGCAAGCUAAAGCCGGCCUCCUUACUCCCAAGUCCUCGAAGAAAAGCGAAAAGCGUCCUUCACUGACUGGCAGUAGCCCGAAGUCUCCCGAACUCAACAGCCUUACUCCAGCCAGCACCAAGUCCAGCAAGUCAGAUCGUCCGAACUCGGCUCUCAGCAUCAGCAGCACGUCACAGAAGCCGAGCAGGCUGCAGAGGUUUUUGAGCGGAGCUCGCCGUCCUAGCGGUUCUCUGACUACACACAGCCGCCAUGCACUUGAAGAGGAGGGCGUUCCAUCCAUCCCGAAGGACGUCGAGCACAAGUUCCGCGAGCACGGCAGGCGCUUUCCCAUGACCACUAAGAGGCUGGCUCUCAAGCCCCGUUCCAGCAUGGAUACUCUCAAGACCAUCUUUAGUGUGGGCAGUGUUGAAGCAAGCCUCGAAGCAGUCACCGCCAAGCAGACGGUCACCACCGUUCCUGAGGCGGAAACUGGUGAAGUUGCUACGACCAAGGGUGUGUCCUGGAGAAAGUCGAUUAGGAAGUCGAUGGCCAAGAAGCCCGUACCCAUCAGCAAAGAUGAUGUGAAGGAGGGCCGCAAAGAGGAGCAACCAGGCGUCUAUGAUUCGAUUCUUCCACCCAAGACUGGAAAGGUCUACGGUACCGUCAAGAGCAGCUUUGGGUCUGAAGCACUCAAGGAGGCGGAAAUGACCGACUCCAGACUACCAUGCGAGAGGGCGAUGAGUCUCACUGUCUCGCUUGAGCGAACUCUCAAUAUGCAGAUGGUUGGAGCGCACUCGAACUUGGCUAGCUUGCCUACAGAACUGCCUCCUGCGUCACUCCCGAGCCCAGUGAUUCCCCGGACCAUGUCCAUGACAUUCGACCACAAGACGACGCAUAAUCAACCACCCGUUAGCAUGCAGACGAGACGGACGUCGCUUCGGGUGCCCCAACCUCAUCUUCGGCCACAAUCGUCAACUUCCAGCUUGAGACAUGAGGUCAGCCGUGAGGAUAUUCACAGCUAUCCGUCUGCGCAGUCUAGUCGCAGGCCGAGCAGAGAAAGCAUCCACAGCUACCCGGUGCACGAACAGGCAGCUCAGAACUACAGUGCUCACCAGGAAUUGGGGACUAUCGGCCAGGACUACUUAGGUACUUCGGCUGCUCCUCCCCAGAUGGACCCUCGACGACUCGCCGCGUUCCGGCAGCGCCAGAAUACCUUGCCUCCUACCUACAGAGUUCCCGACUGGAACCCGCCAACCAGGAGCGAAAUCAGCCGUCAGUCAUCCAUGACAUCUUCGAAUGGAACGAGUCGUCACGAUUCGCUUCAAGCAAGUCGUCACAACUUGCUUUCGGCACAGAGUCAGGACAGUAACGGAAUCCAAAGGCCGAGCAGUGCCCAGCCUCGCCAUAGUUCCUACAUCCAGCGGACUCAGACGCUUCGUCAUAGGCCCAGUCAUGACGCUUAUCAGCAGUUGCGCCUCCAGAAUUCUAACCCUCCGGACAUGUCAAGUGUCUACGGAGUGGCGGCAAACGACCCCUGGAGCAAUCCCAACAUUGACUACAGGGGAGUUCAGGGGCAGAUGGUGCCUGACAGCGCAUACCUGCCCUACGUCCCCCGACAGACAGGCCAUCACAGGAAGCGCAGCAUGAGCAUGCAGACUUCGCAUGGUCCUAAUCCGCCUUAUCGGAUCCUUCACAGCUACAACUCACCAGCUUACCGCAACGCCCCCAUCUGGGGCUAAUGUUUUUUCAACAUUCCUUCUAUCUCUUUGUGUCAUCUUUCAUCAUCUCAUCAUAUCUCUUCGAUCUUAUCAUUGAUACCACAUCAUGCAUACUUGGGCGUUCAUGGAAUCUAACUCGCCAACCCACUUAUUCACUGCUUUUCAGAGCAUCAACAUCUUUUCCUUAUCCUUUAUUAUCUCUUCUCGUGGCUGGCUACAAACACUACGACAUUUUGUCUAGCAGUCUCUUGUUCUUUUUCGGUUCUGGCUUGGGGAUCUGGCAUCAUCAUCACAUUUAUCAUAUUGGAUAAUCAUCUUGAAUACUAUCCAUCGCCAUCGCUGGCGAGGAAUUUAUACAUGUGCUACUCGUACAUAAGGUACGUUUACACAUAACUAUCAAUACUAUUAUACCCAGGGGAAACAGGGAACGAGGGGAAUAGG